UAAAACAUCAUUAUGCUACUCAUAGAUUAAAAGAUUUACAAAAAUUAAAUACUCAACAAUUUAAUGAAGCAAAAAGUGAAGCUUUAUUUGGACCUUUUGUUGGUUUAAAAAAAGUACAAUCAAUUAUUGACCCACCAAAUAGAGUUCAUUCAGAAUAUGAUUUAUAUGAUAAUGAUGUUUCUGUACGUAAAUUUUUAGAAGCAAUUUCAUUCAUUAUUGAAGAAAGUUUAAAUAAUGAAAUUCAAAACUUACCAUAUUGGAGCAUUAUUCAAUUAAAUGAUGCAGCUGCACAAUCAACUGUUAAUAAUAUUAAUUAUUUUUUAAUGCCAAAAAAACUUGAUAUAAGCAAUAUGUAUCAUAUGGGAAGUGAUGGUGCUAGUAUAAUGAUU